AUGGAUUGUUUGUUGGAAAAGAAUACAGAGAAAAACAGUGAAGAUGAAUCCGAAACUGAACAGGAAGAUGAGUCCAAUACUGAACAGGAAGAUGAGUCUAAUACUGAACAGGAAGAUGAAUCCGAAACUGAACAGGAAGAUGAAUCUGAUACGGAAUCGGAACAUGGACCUCAAAAUGAAUCGGAACCUGAACCUCAAAAUGAAUCGGAACCUGAACCUCAAAAUGAAUCGGAACCUGAACCUCAAGAUGACUCGGAACCAGAUAUUGAUGCUUCUUGUGCAUGCCCUUGUGAGCCUCGGUCAAGCAGGACUCGACACAGAGAACAUCAUCGGGAACAACACGUAUCUGAUUCGUCUCAAAAUGGACCAACAGUUGAAGAUCAAACAACCGAACCACCUUCCGUUUCUGCAGAACAUGUUCCACGGGGUUUAAGACGGAAACUCCCAACGGAGGCACCCACUGCUGUGCAGACUUCCAAAACUAAGUCUGCCCUUAACUCCAAGGCCACCAAACCGACAACAAAGGCACCUCCAAAACCGAAACCGACAACGAAGCCCAAACCCAACAAAUCGGUCAAUCCUCCAAUCACAAACGCUCCAAAAACCACAAAAUCUCGAACAACUAAGAAAGCUCCGAAGCCCACUGAACCUUUGAAGCCCACGAGACCUCCAAAGACAACAAAAUCUCCAAAGACAACGAGACCUCCAAAGACAACGAGACCUCCAAAGACAACGAAAUCUCCGAAGGCCACUAGACCUCCGAAGACAACGAAGGCUCCGAAGGCCACACAAGCUCCGAAGUCCCCAAAGUCCCCGAAGUCCCCAAAAACAAAAAAAACCAACAAGAAAGGUUAA